AUGGAUUCCGUGGAAGAAGACUUCCCCCGUGGUGGCACAGUUAAGAAAGCUAUUGAGAGCAAAAUAGCAAGACGGGUUGAGGUGGACAAUCUUUUCCAGGUAUCAUCAAAUGAAAAAGAAGAAUCAAAGAAGAGAAAGUGGGGUUCCAAAGAUGAUGGCAAGAAAGUAAAGAAGCAAAAGACCAUUGAGAGGGGCGAAGAUGGCCUUGCUCUCAAUGCACCUACGAAGUGUGUGGAAAUACUACAUAUUAAGAAUUUAAAGGAAGGCAUGUUGCUCCUGGGCUGUGUGAAAGAGGUGUAUGACUUUGAGGUGAGUGUUGGUCUACCAUGUGGUCUGCAAGGUUUCCUCAGCAUCAGGAACAUCUGUGACUCGUACACCAAGCUGCUCACUGAACAACUAGAUUCAGUUGACACAGAGGAUAUUUGUGCUUUGCCACAACUCUUCAGUCCUGGCAUGAUGCUGAGGUGUGUGAUUGCCAAAUUGGAUGUCGCCAAAGGAGGCACGACCAGCAUCAAACUUUCAAUCAAUCCAAAGCUGGUUAACAAGGCUCUAACAUCAAAUACUCUGAAAGUUGGCAUGGUAUUGAGUGGAUGUGUUGAGAGCCAUGAAGAUCAUGGAUGCUUAGUUGACAUUGGUAUCAAGGGAACCAAGGCCUUUCUGCCCAAAAAGACUGCUAAAGAUAAACAGAACAAUAGCGAUGAGUUAAAAGUGGGCCAGUAUGUUACUUGUCAAUUAAAAGAAGUGAAAAAUGAUGGUCGUUUACUACGCCUCGCUUUCAACCCCUCGGUAAUUGGCCAAACUUGUGCUGAAUCUCAAGGAUGGAACUUGACUAACCUUUUACCGGGACUUCUUGUUAAAGCGACAAUCAGAAAGGUGACCAAACAUGGACUGCUCAUGAACUUCCUCUCCUCCUUCAGUGGUCAGGUAGACUGCCUUCACAUGGAAAAAGAGAUGACUUCCAGUUACACUGAAGGAAGCACGGUUGUGGCCCGUGUGCUGUACAUUGAGCCAUCCACCCGUUUAGUAGGAUUAAGCUUGCGUGGCUACAUAGUUCAGCCUGAAACCAGAAUCAAUACUUUUCCUGUCGGUGGCGAUCGCAUCGGUGAGGUGGUGGAGGACUGCCGAAUUACCUCUAUGCACCACAUGUCUGGGGCCAUGUUGGAACUGCCUGACAAAACCCUGGCAUUUGUACAUAAGAACAACCUGAAAGAGCCUAAUGAACAACCUAAUGAGAACCGAGUGCGAGCCAUACCGAAGCACACUUGCAGGAUAAUUGACUUUAGCCCCAUGGACCAAAUUCAUUUUGCUACACUACGCAAGUCCGUGAUUAAGAAACCCUUCUUUCGAUACAACGAUCUUCGGGUUGGUCAGAUCGUUGAGGGGACAGUGUCUGUCAUGCUGAAACAUGGCAUGAUUGUAAAUGUGUCUAGUCACAUUCGAGGUCUGGUGCCUCAUACCCACCUAUCUGACAUCGUCCUGAAGAACCCUGAGAAAAAGUAUGCAGAGGGCAUGAAAGUCAGAUGUCGGGUGUUGUCGGUGGAUGUCGACAACAAAAAGCUGGUUCUGACCAGAAAGAAGGCCCUCAUAGAAAGCUCCUUGCCCUUAUUCCUCAGCUAUGAAGAUGCACGUAUUGGAAGUGUCUCCCACGGUUACAUUGUCUGUGUCAAGAAUUUUGGCUGCAUAGUUCGAUUCUACAAUGGUGUUAAGGGCCUGGUGCCAGUCAACGAGCUCAGUUCUGAGGUCAUCCUUAACCCUGAGGAAGUCUUCUUCGUUGGUCAGGUGUUUAAGGCAAAGGUUCUACAGUGUGAUCCAGAGAAGGAAAAGAUGCUGCUGUCAUUUAAAGCUACUGUGAUGGACACAGAAGAGGCAAAAGCCCAGUUUGACUGUGAGGUGGGAAAGAGAUUGGAGGCCAGGGUGCUGAAGAAGUCAGCCAAUGGUCUAGAAGUGUCCAUUCUUCCUGAUGAGGUACCUGCCAUCCUACCCACAGUGCACCUCUCUGAUCUCAUGUCAAACUGCCCCAUGCUGUGGGAGGCCUUGCAAGAGGGAGACACCAUUUCAAAUCUCGUCUGUUUUCUUCAAAAUAAGAGGAAGAUUACUGUUACAAAGAAACCAUCAGUGAUCUGGUCACUAGAGGAAGGAGUUGCUGCCAAGGAUUUCUCAGAGAUUACAGUUGGAAUGCAGAUGAUUGGUUGGGUCAAGAACAUCAUGGCUUACGGCAUCUUUGUUGAGUUUCCAUAUGGGCUUGUUGGUCUUGCACCGAAGUCUGCCAUAGCAGAUAUUUUCAUUACCGAUAUUACAACCGCCUUCCAGUUGGGACAGACUGUGAUUGCUAAGGUGACUAAUUUGGAUGAGGAGAAGAAGCGAUUCUUGGUCACACUGAAAAUCUCUGAAGUCACUGUGCCAGAAGGAUCUGUCCAGAGCAGACUCAUGCAUGCUGUGCAAGAAAGACGUGCUGUGACCGAAAUGAUUGCAUUGAAAGACACUAGAGAUCUUUACCAGCAGCUAGCCGCUCUGACUGUUGGCCAGAGGCUCAAGUUGGUUGUGGACACGGCGAAGGAUGGAGAUGGUGCCAGCUUCAAGUCAGAUGACCUGCUUGGUGCCACCAUACAGGCUACUAAACACCAUGUGAUGGGGAUUCAGUUGACCCCAGGACAAAAGGUUAAUGCAGUUGUCCUUUAUGUUGACAUCCUAUCUAGUACUGUUCAUGUAUCCCUUCUUUCCAAAUUGGUUUCCAAAAAGAAAAAGCUGACAGAAGAGAGCCAGCAUUCUGCAAUUUUGCAACACAUUGAAAAAGACCUGGCUGUCAUCUCGGUGGAAGGCACUGCUCAUCUAACGAUCAUUCAAACACGAAGCCACCUGAAUGAGAUCAUUCAAUCAGACACGGGUAAACUGCGAGCAGGAAUGUAUUUGGCCAUAGAGGUUGUUGAACCCACUUGCGAGCAACUGCAAGGGCUCCCUCUAGUGUCAUGGAAACGUACUCUACCAAAACGACAGCGUACAGUUUCAGAAAACCAGGUUGACUCGGACACUGGUUACCCAUUUGGAGAGAUUUUACAGGGCAAAGUACGUUCAGUGAAGCCUACCAACAUUCAGGUCACAUUAGAGGAUGGUAGCACAGGCUAUGUGCACGUGUCAGAGGUGAUGGAGACGGCGGAAGUGUUGCAAGGAUCUUUCCCUACGGCUUCAGUGAAAGUGGGCAGCGUGCUAACUUGCAGGGUCAUUGGAGGAAGAGAAGCCAGCAGUAACAGCGUCUUAUCUAUUUCCCACCCAAGAUGCAAGUACACUGUCCCGGAGCUCACACUAAUACCCAGCAAACUGGAUGAAAAAAUUGAACUCACGUCGGUUACACCACAAGAGAAAUUGAGCAGUUACAAGGUUGGAGAGGAAAUAACCUGUUUUGUCUCAAAGUUUUAUCCAGAGAGGAAGAGUUUGGAGGUCACCUGUGAUCCUUCAGUCUCUGGGACAGUGGAAUUGCUAGCCAUGAUUACUGAUCCUAAAGAUUCCAGCCACCCUGAAAAAUUGUACAAACUUGGCCAGGCUGUUAAGGCUAAAGUGGUCGAAGUGAGUCUCAAGCUUCAGCGAUUGUUACUAUCACUCACAGGGAGUCAUGAACUGGAGGCAGGUAGUAUCACUUUAGGAAUGGUGACCAGCAUGCUCCCACACCUUGGCCUUGCAGUCAAACUUCCUUUUGGUAACAUGGGAAGUGUGGCAAUCACUGACCUUGCUGAUGCAUACAAGCCCAACCCUUUAGCAGCAUUUAAAAAGGAUCAGCUACUGAGGUUUUAUCUUCUAAGCAGUGAAAAUGACAAGUGGCAUUUAUCCCUACGACCCUCAAGGUUGAAUCCACAGCAGGCCAAGCCACCAAAAGACAUUGAAGUUUCAUCUGUAAACGAUCUGCAAGAUGGCCAGUUAAUCAGAGGCUAUGUCAAGUCUGUCAGUGAGCAAGGAGUCUUUAUAAGGUUGUCAAACAGUAUCAUUGGGAGAGCAGAGCUUCAACAGUCCUCUAAGUAUUUUGUUAACAACCACACGAUCCUCAAAAAUCAUCUGCCAGCCAACAGCCUGCUCACGACCAAGAUCAUCAGAAUCGACAGAAAAGAGAAGCUAGUUGACCUGUCCCUGCUCACUGAGGACACUGGGAAGCCAGAUGUCCUUCCAGAAUCGCUCAGUCUGCCGCUUCGUCUCUUGGGAGAAGAGAAAAGGAAGCACGACCUUGAAAAGAAAAGGAAACGCUCAUUGUCUGAAAGUGAAGAGAAUAAAAAAGUAUCAAAGGCUUCAAAGAAAAAAAAGAAAACAAACGUUGAAGACGGCGACAGUGGGGUUGAAGUGUAUUUCAGAGAGGAAGAAGAUCAGGGAGACAAAGGCACUAAAUCUGACGCUGGAAACGUUUCUAUUUCUUUGGGUCCAUCAAGGCUGCAGGUUCAAGCUGGAUUCUCAUGGGAUCUUGGCUUGAGCUCACUGAAGCCUGCUACAGCAAACAAGCAUGCAGACUCCAGUGAUGGAGAGGACCAAGAAGAAAGCAGCAAGCCUCAGAAGAAGUCCAAGCAGGAGCUGGAGCGGGAGAAAAAGGUGGCGGAGAAAGCCUUGGUGCAGCGUGAGUUGGAGUUGAUGGACCCUCAGCUCCAGCCCAAGGAUGCAGCAGCGUUUGAACGCCUGCUCUUGGCCUCUCCGAACAGCUCGCUGCUCUGGCUUCAGUACAUGGCUCAGCAUCUGCAGGCCACCCAGAUUGAGCAGGCUCGCGCAGUAGCAGAGAGGGCGCUAAAAACCAUUUCUUUCAGAGAGGAACAGGAGAAGCUGAAUGUAUGGGUGGCACUGCUAAACUUGGAGAAUAUGUACGGCACUCAGGAGAGUCUGAAAAAAGUGUUUGAGCGAGCCCUCCAGUUCUGUGAGCCCAUACCAGUCUAUCAGCAGCUGGCUGACAUCUACGCAAAAUCUGACAAGAUCAAGGAGGCGGAGAACUUGUAUAAGUUAAUGGUGAAGCGUUUUCGUCAAAACAAAGUGGUGUGGGUGAGCUAUGGUACAUUCCUGCUUCAGCAGGGUCAGAGUGAUGCGGCCAGCGCUCUUCUACAAAGGGCGCUUACAAGUCUACCAUCCAAAGAAAGUGUUGAUAUGAUCACAAAGUUUGCACAGCUGGAAUUCCGCUAUGGAAAUACGGAAAAAGGUCGCACAAUGUUUGACAAAGUCCUCACAAGCUACCCAAAACGCACAGACCUCUGGUCUGUUUUCAUCGACCUCAUGGUCAAACAUGGAUCACAGAAGGAAGUACGGGCCAUCUUUGAUCGUGUAAUCCAUCUGAGUGUCUCAAUAAAGAAAAUCAAGUUCUUUUUCAAGCGGUAUCUGGAAUACGAGAAGAAGCACGGCACACCACAAAGCAUCCAAGCUGUCAAAGAAAAGGCUAUGGAGUUUGUCGAAGGCAAAGGCAUUGAAGCUGCCAGCUAA